GCCGUGUAACCAGAACCGACAAGAACAGCACAUUAUCAAAUGGAACCUGGAUCGGUGCUCCCGAAUUCUCGAGUUUCAGCGUGGUUGCAUCGCAACAAAUCCCCCAAUUCUCUCGGGUCACUCGAAUGGGUGAAACAUGCUAACAGUGGUCGGGUUGCCUCCCCCGCGUCAAUCCAUGCCAUAAGCACCGAGACUGUUGCACACAAAGCCCAGAGCUAACUUGGUCGCAAUCUUGGGUCGUCGGCAUUUUGGAAACCCGCUUGUAAAUCUUCAUUUCCCGUGAACAUCAUAAACUCACAAUCACUGGCAUCACAUGAGCUGACAAGACGAGGUGCCUCGUCGAUCAAAGAGCUACCGCAACUUGCCUCGGUUACUUCAACCACAGCCACAAUGAUAAUUACCGAUUGCUGGCUGCUGACUGCUUCAAAUAUUGAGAAAUAACGCAAUUGACGGCAGUUGGUCAUUGUGGGCUGAGCGUUCACCCAUGACAUUAUAAACUUCCACUCACACCUUUUCUUUGUUCGAAACAACUCUAAAAGGGUCGUGCGAGCAAUGGUCCUAUACAUGAGACUAUGCGCUACUCCCCGCUAUUCACAUCAGUGACUGACAAGAUCAGACGUCUCUUUGUUUGGAUGGCGCAAAUAACAUCGCAUUCACUCAGGACAAAGGAAUGAGGCAUUCAUUGGCUUCAUCCAAUAUGUGGCAGAGUUGGGUUCUUUGUUGUCUGUUCCCGUUCCAGAGACGGCGGCAGAGGUUAUGACAGGAGGAAUAUUUACUCUCAGGAACAUCCUGAACAUUUCAUCUGCUACAUCUUUCUCUUGUCUCAAGUGAACAUCACCGCCUUCGCCACCAUCAUGACUUCCGGAUACUCGUCGAAUCCCGGAGUCAGGAUGUUCAGUAGUCCCGCCACAGAGGUUGAGAAGCCAGCAUUCGAGCUCCUCGAGCAGGUCAAGAAGAACGUCUGGAUUGUUACGAGAAAGGGGGACCCGCGACGGGAGAAGUAUCUCGCCAGUCCUAGCAGCCCCUUCGGAGUGAAGCCUGAUGGGACUGUCGAUGUCACGCAGACACGUCGAGAAGCUGAGGCUCUCAACACGCUCCUGUCGAGUCAUAAUCAAGCCUACACUAUCCGUCAGAUCCUCAAUCACGAAAACCUCGUCUCCAUCGUUGGCGUCAUAGAAAAUUGGCCUUUCAACAAGUCACAAACAUCUGACGUUACCCCAGGAAACAAUGUUCAGAUGCUCGUCUGGGACUUUGGUGAUGCUGGUAACCUCAGCGCUUUGUUCCGCCAUUAUCCCUGUAAGAGUUCUGAGUUCUAUCUACCAGAAUCUCUCUGUUGGCACGUUCUCCGUUCUUUGAUUCGCGCAGUGACCUAUCUCCAUGACGGGAAACGGCUCAUUUACCGACUCGAGCAACUUGGUCGUCACAUGGUCAGGGAAUGGGUCUCUGUCAACACCGAUUGGUUCCCAAUUCUGCAUCGUUGCAUCGAGCCUAGGAAUGUCUGGCUUCAGCAUCCUCGAGGCAAUGAGACCUAUGGCCAAUGCAAAUUAGGUGAUUACAGCCACGCAGCUGUCACAUGUCACAUCGUGGAUGGUCAAUUCAAUCCUGACACUGUUCGCUCAGAUUCGAAUGGGAUGGCGUUGGCUACAAAGGAGGGGAUUUGGCGACUGGAUGAUACUCGAUCUGCCUAUGAUGUCCCCCUAGCGUCGAUUCCGAACGAGGAAGAUCGACCCUAUACCCUCGGGGAUGAGUUGUGGUCUAUUGGGGUGACCGUUUUCACCAUGAUGACUGGCCAGGCUCCAACUUACUACUGUGAGGGAUGCGGUUGUUCACAUGUCGCUUUCUGCGAAGACGGUGGCUGUCUGGAGAAAGAGGCCGUUGCAAAAGGAUGUGACUGUUUCCUUGGUGGUUGUGAGCAUGUGAGUCAGAGGGAAUGUAGGGAAGAGGUCUCAGGGUGGCCGGGUUGUCCAGCUUGGCAUAAUUGCUCCGAGUUCACCAUCAACAUUCAUUCGUACCUAGCAAGAGCUCGUUACACCAAACCAUUGCGUGCCAUGAUCAUGGUAAUGCUCGGGUACAACCCUGCACGGGGAGAUGACCCUUGGGUUCGAAUGGUAGAGGUUGCGCAGAUGGUGGAGCUCGCAUAUGGACAGUGGAAGCAAGAGACAGAGGAGGGGAGACUUUGCGUGGAUGCUGAGGAUGACAUGCUUCAGAGGGCUACGAAAUGAGAGGGCGGGAGAUCAUAAAUGAGUGUAGCAGGCUCUUGUCGCCAUUUACUGUUUCUUAUUACUAGUACUCUUAUAAAUUUAGAUAAUUUCUUUGGAUACCUCGCAAUAAUCACGUUCUUUCUCAUGGACCUUGAAUUAAACGUUCAGCAAUCAAAGAGCC